AUGGAGCUAAUGCAGCUGAAGCAAGGUUUUAUGUUUGUGGCAGAGUACACCAACAUGUUCGAAGAGCUUUGUAGGUUUUCUCGGGUGUGUCAGGGUGACCCAGAGACUUUAAAGAGCUGGAGGUGUAUUAAGUACCAGAGGGGUUUGAAGGACAACAUUAUGACUGUUGUGGCUCCUAUGGAGAUUCAUGUCUUCUUUGACUUGGUGAACAAAGCAAGGGUAGUAGAAGAAUAUGCCAAGACAGUGGCUGCGUCCAAGGACACUCAUGGAGGAGGUAGUAGCAAAGUACAUGGCAAGUAUUACCAUUUGAGGGGUCAAAGCUUUAAGAGAGGAGGAUAUGUGCAUCAAGGUCAAGGAGGUUUCAGGAAGAACACUCAUGAACAGUUCCAGCAUGGCAAGGGAAGAGGAAGUCAGAGUGGGUGCUUCAACUGUGGCUUUUCUGGUCAUAUUGCGAGGGAUUGCACUCGUGGGAAGAACCCAAAUGCGGGUUAG